AUGAUGCAUUGAUACGCCUCUUCCUCUACUAUAGAGUAUUGCCUAACCCUAACCUCUUAAAUCUUAGCAAAAAAAAAACUACUCCCUCCCUUUACUUAACCUUAUCGAUCUCUUAUAUCAACAACUCUCCAACCCAAGAUUUUUCAACUGAUUUGUUAAUUUGCUGUUGAAAUAUCAUGCUUAUAAUUUGAAGAGCAGUAUAUAUGUACAUAGUAGUAUUUGUUUUGGUGAAGGUACAAAGUGAUGGAAUCGUUGAGGGCAUAUUUGAAGAGUCCAAUGGGUCCAAAAACAACUCACUUUUGGGGUCCUAUGGCCAACUGGGGAUUUGUCAUCUCCGGAAUAAUGGAUGCAAAUAAGCCCCCCGAUGCAAUAUCUGGCAACAUGACUGCAGUGUUAUGUGUGUUCUCAAUGUUGUGUAUGAGAUUUGCAUGGAUGGUGAGGCCUCGCAAUCAUAUGCUGCUAGCUUGCCAUGCUGCAAAUGAGUCUGUGCAACUCUACCAACUUUCCCGUUGGCUAAGGCAUCAAUGGAACCUACAGCAGAAGGAAGCCGUAGCAGCUACUGACUAACUUAGUACUACUUCUUCUCCAAAAAAAGAAACUGUGUAGUUUCCACUUUCCACAAGUUUAGUUAUUUACUGAGGAAAAUGUAAGCAUAAAAAGAACCUUAAACCUUUAGGGUUGGAAAAUAAUACAUAUAUUAGCUUUGAUAUUAUUAA